AUUUGUUCGAUAGUAUACCGAAACUCCAUCUGACGGUUAAAGAUCCUACAGUACUAUCCAAAAUGGCGCUCAAGGCACAGGUUGGUCAAAAAAUUAUGAAUGAAGUAAUCAAACAGAAAAAGAAGACAGCAGGAGGAGUAGAAUGGAGAAUCCUUGUCGUGGAUCAGCUGGCGAUGAGAAUGGUCUCGGCAUGUUGUAAGAUGCAUGAUAUCAGUGCCCAAGGGAUUACCCUGGUCGAAGAUAUCAACAAAAAACGUGAACCCUUGCCAACGAUGGAGGCUAUUUACUUGAUAACGCCGUGCAAUUCUUCCGUGCAGAAAUUGAUCGAAGAUUUCAGCAACUCGACUAGAAUGACCUACAAAGUCGCUCACGUUUAUUUCACCGAAGUGUGCCCGGAGGAGCUGUUCAAUGAACUCUGCAAGUCUCUCGCCGCUAAAAAGAUCAAAACCCUCAAAGAGAUCAACAUCGCUUUCCUGCCCUAUGAGUCGCAGGUCUUUUCUUUGGACUCACGUGAAACAUUUGCCUGUUUCUAUAAUCCAUCCUUCUUAAAUCUGAGAACUGCCAAUAUGGAGAGAAUUGCGGAACAAAUUGCCACACUUUGUGCAACUCUUGGAGAAUAUCCGUCUGUUAGAUAUAGAAGUGACUUUGACCGCAACGUGGAAUUGGCACAGAUGGUUCAACAGAAAUUGGAUGCUUAUAAAGCAGAUGAACCUACUAUGGGAGAAGGUCCAGAAAAAGCUCGCUCUCAAUUACUAAUCCUAGACAGAGGUUUUGAUUGUGUUUCUCCCUUGCUUCAUGAAUUGACAUUACAGGCUAUGGCAUACGACUUGUUGGAUAUAGACAAUGAUGUUUACAGAUUCGAAGCAUCUGCUGGCGUGGAAAAAGAAGUUCUUUUAGAUGAAAACGACGAUUUAUGGGUAGAAUUAAGACAUCAACACAUUGCUGUUGUAUCUCAAAACGUUACGAAAAACUUGAAGAAAUUUACAGAAUCCAAGAGAAUGCCACAGGGUGAUAAACAAAGUAUGCGAGAUCUUUCCCAAAUGAUUAAAAAGAUGCCUCAAUAUCAAAAAGAAUUAAGUAAAUAUGCAACGCAUCUUCAAUUAGCCGAAGAUUGUAUGAAACGUUAUCAAGGAAAUGUGGAUAAACUUUGUAAAGUGGAACAAGAUCUAGCCAUGGGUACGGAUGCCGAAGGUGAACGCAUAAAAGAUCACAUGAGAAAUAUCACUCCAAUUUUACUGGAUCAAAACGUAGAUCAUUUAGAUAAAUUACGUAUCAUUGCUUUAUAUGUUAUCAGUAAAAACGGUAUAAACGAUGAAAAUCUAAAUCGUCUGAUCAACCACGCUCAAAUAUCUGCCGAUGAUAAGCAAACUAUUGUUAACAUGGCGAAUCUUGGCAUUAAUGUGGUUGUGGAUGGUAAUCGUAAAAAAUUAUACACGGUUCAACGAAAAGAGAGGAUCACUGAACAAACAUAUCAAAUGAGUAGAUGGACUCCAGUAAUAAAAGAUAUCAUGGAAGACUCGAUAGAAGAAAAAUUAGAAUCUAAACAUUUCCCCUUCUUAGCUGGUCGUGCAAGUAGUUCGGGAUAUCAUCCACCUGCCAGUGUAAGAUACGGUCACUGGCAUAAAGACAAAGGACAGCAAACCAUCAAGAACGUCCCACGUUUAAUCGUUUUCAUUAUCGGUGGUGUCUGUUUCUCGGAAAUACGAUGCGCUUAUGAGGUCACAAAUGCUUUAAAGAAUUGGGAAGUUAUUAUUGGUUCAUCGCAUAUAAUCACACCGAAAUCGUUUCUGAACGACCUAAGUAAACUUCACGUUUAAACGAUCCCAUUAACCAAUAAUGCAAAAUACUUUCUGCAUUCCUGUUACUGUCUGUUUUGAGUCUUCAUCAGUACUACCAAACAUGAAUAUAUAUAUAUAUAUAUAUAAUUGUGAUCUCUGUGAGGACGAAAUGUUAAUUACAAAAAGAAAAAAAAAAUACACGGUCAAUUUCGUAGACGAAAGCUCGUUUUAAACGUUAAAGUCCGUUUAGAAACGGAUAGCUAAAAAUGAUUAUGCUACGAAGAUAGAUUAUUUAUUACUUUAUUAUUGUCUGAUAGUAUUAUCUACCAAAAGUACUCUUGCAGUAUUUAUUAAUAUAAAGAAGAAGGAUUCUGAAAGGAAAUAUCACCUGGAAUCAAGUGCCUGCGUGAAAAUCAAUAAUAUAAGAUCACGUAAAGCAUGUUGGCAUUACUGAUGUGUAAAUGUAUAAUGGUACCUUAUUAUCGUUAAAAAUUGUGCGUGAAUGAGUUAGCGCAGUGUUAGAAACAAGUAAUAUAGUUGUUAACAAGAAAGAAGAAUAUUUGAGAAAGAUUCUAUGUGUUUUAGGAAAGACUCAUAAUAUAUAAAUAUAUAUAUAUAUAUUAUAUAAUUAUAAUGUACACGCUUGGUCUUAACAGAUUAAUCUCUAUUGAUGAUCGUUUAAAUGCGAUUAAAACCAAAAUCUCGAAGAAUCGAGAAAUAAUCAUUCGAAUGUUUGCGAAAUAAUCAUUUGAAUGUAACAUUUGUUGAAUGACGAAAAAAAA